GGAAGUAGAAAAGGUAAAACCAAAAGCAUAAGUAUAAACGAUAAGGAGAUCACGUGAAUGCAGUCACGUGUCAAAACAUGGCGGGCAAAUAGUUGGAUGUUGAGCAGCGGAAGAAGAAGGAACUCUUCAUGUGAUGGCAUCCCGGGCUAAGGGAUUUUCAUUCAAAGAACUUUCAAUAAAUGAUUAUACAGAUUAUGAUGAAGAGGACACGAAAAAGAUACCCAAAAGAAAUCCAUUUGACUUUGGAGAUGAUGACGUAACAUUUGAAUCUGCUGAGUUUGUGAGUCAGUCUCAAGUGAAAGAUUUCUUUAAUGUAUCUCGCGGGAUAACAUUUGAUGAUGAUGACAAUGAUAGUGAUGUCUCACUUGGACAACCAUGGGGUGGACCACAGUUCAGUAUUGGUAAUGAAAAGUCUGAUCCUGCCAAGUCUGCAAGGUUUAGAUCUGCAAGCUCAGCAUCAUCUCAGUCUUCUGCUUCAUCUCUGCCAGUUCAAAACGACCCUGGUUCAUUUGCAAGCGUAUCUUCACAGCGAUCAAGUACUACAGCAGCUAAAAAAGUCACUUCUGGUGGUUCAUUGCCAAAUUCUAAAACCUUGUCAUCAUCAUCAAAACCCUCCAAAUCUACAUCCCACACUGUAUCAGCUGCAGCUGUCAGGGGAAAAACAGGAACAUCUACAACUAAUAUAACUAAAACUACAACUACAACUACAAAGUCUGCUUUGAAUGCAGUCUCAAGUUCUAUAUCAGAUGUCGUAGCCAGUACACCGCAAGUAUCUGUUAAUGAGUACUACAGACUUCAAACUGAAGUUGGACAACUUAGAAGAGACUUGCAAGCUGCCAAGCAGAGUAGACUUAAACCACUUCCAGUUACAGAGUCAGUCACAAGAAUAAUUCGUGGUCAGCCAUACUCCCUUGAAUUACACAAAUCUUUAAAAGACAAGGUUAAUCUGUUGGACUGUGCUAUCAAGAUGCAUGAUGGCAAUGCUAUAAUAGCUGUUAUUUUAUUUCUCAAAAAGACAGUUAAGAAAGAAAUAUUUUGUAAUCAAUUAAUUCGACAACCAAAAGCAUUACAUCAUUACUGCAAAUUCCUACGUCAGAAUUCUGACCUUGAAGAAUUGGUACAACUUUACCGGAGACUUGGAAAGCAUGAAGAUGCCAUUAUGGUAAAGUUCAAUAAUGCCGUCAAGAUGCACAACCCAAGCAAUCGUCUUUUUACCCUAAAAGAAAUAUUAAAGAAUGAUGUGCCAGCCUAUCCUAUAUCAGCAGACUGUGUGACUACCAUACAGGAAUAUAUCAAACUAUUGAAUAUGCAAAUAGAUCUCGAGGCUUCAGAUACAAGAGCAGAGCAAGAAGGGAGUAAUAUCACAAUGACUACUAUUCCUCGACAAGCAACAUUACCAUUAUUACCAGUUAUAACUACUUUGUAUUAUUGUUGUAUUUACCAUUACGGACAGCCUGAGAGCACUAUUAGCAGUCCCCUUUACUUGCGCAACACAUUUAAACUAUCAGAAAAACAGUUUGAAUGGACUGCACUUGCGGCUUGUGCCAAGACAAGAAGAUGGAAAGACAUUGAUGAUCUUUUAAAGGGAAAGGGAUGGUUUGGUACGUCAAAGCUGCGCUCUCUGAUUGGUUUUGGUAAAGUUGUGACUCUUCUGUACCACAAUAAAACACCUGAAGAGAUACUUAGCAAGUACUUAAGACUAAUAGAUGAUCUCAAUAAUAGGCUUUCAUUAGCAGUCAAGUUCAAAUGCCAUGAUGUGGUUAUAGAGACUUUGGUUGCAAUGAAAGACAGACAGAAACUCAACAAGUACAGAGAACAAAUGCCAAAUUAUGCAUCACAACAACAGACUAUCACCAAUUAUCUAAGGAACUCACAAAUCAAGUGGAAAAACUAAAUACUAAGAAAGCCUGGGUCAGGUAGUGAACACAUUAUCACAGAGGUUUGAACAGGAAGGCACAAAAUGGCAGUGAUUUUAGAUGACAUUUCACAUGAAAAAAGAAUUUUAUUCCUCAGAAAGAGAUUCUGGUUCAUGUGAUUAGUGGCACAACAGACUGUUUUUCAAAUGACCAAGAAAAUAUAUUGAUUUGCUAGUAAUCAAAUAAGCAGCUUUAACGCUAGACAUUAUCAUCAUUUCAUUAUUUUUCAAGCAAAAUACUAAACUGCCAUGCUACUAAUUAAAUUACUUUCAUUUAGUCCUGACAAUCUCUCCUCCAUCACAUUUAAUUGAAUAAUCCACAAUUAAAGUAUUGCCAUAAAAUGAUAGAUAACUUGUGAUGGAAAUCAAGGUCUUAUGACAUAAUUUACAAGUUACGAGUCAUUGGUGAAUCAAAUGAAGCACUUGACUCCUGGGGUUCAAAAUAUUUGGUAAUGAAAAUUUAAAAAAAAAAAAAGAAUACAAAUUAUAAUUUUAUAAUAAUAAUUUAUAGGAUAUACAUGAUAUCAUAAUCAGGUACUUUUGUGUUGUAAAACUAAUAUUUGGCAAACAAUUCUGAAAAUUUGUAAUAAAUAGCCAAGUUUUAAAUAUCAUCCAAAUUAUUUUUUCUGUCGUUUUGAUUUUGCUCGUGCACAUUAUGAUGCAAAGGUGUUUUUUUUCAAAUAAUACAGUUUGCUCAUGUGCAGUAGCAUUGCAUUUGUGAACAUUGCUCACUUCCCUGUGACUUGGUAUGUUUGAUAGACAUAAAAAAAAGCCAAAAUUUCAAUAGAAAACGGAAAAAAUACUUUGAAUGAUAAAAUAAUAAUUAUUGAACUCGAUUAUCACAAAAUAUCAAGAUUUGUUAGUGUUUCACAAACAAUAAUAUUUGCCACUGCCUUUGACAUCAGUAAAUAAUAUUGCUUGCUGGCUACUAAUUACAAAUCACGACAUUUUGCUUAAUAUUCUCAUAGUGAUCAAGCACAAAACAAUCAGAGUCGAGGAUCUAGGGAAACAAAAGAAUAAUUACAAUUACAUUAUCGUUUCCCCACAGCCUCGACUUCACGUCUUUUAUACUUGACCACUCAACCAGAAAAAUUGAUAGCUGGCCUGAGAUUGUUCCAGAAUGUUUAGCUUUGCAUUGACAUGUCCUUGGUGCUAAACAAAAUGGUGAACCUUUUACACCGGUAGUUAUAUUGUCUUGCAUUUUCUAGCCUAUACAAUAUUUUUAAUUGAAAUAUUUGGACUAAUUUGAAUAACUACUGUAUAGCAUUUCAAAUAUUCCACGGGGGGAAACGGAAUAAUUUUUUUUCUUGAUAUUUGGUUUCCCAGAAUGCUUUGUGAGCUUUGAUGCACAUUGCGUAUUGAAUGCACGUCUUUGUGAUAGCAGAGAAUAUUAAUUGUAAAAUAAAUUAUUUCUAAUUUAA